UCUGAGCUGCUAGACACCAUAUAGCAUAGGCCAUGCCGAUAAGGAGCGCCCCGUGUGCGUGGACGGUGGAAGAAUUCAAGAAGUGGGUCGACGUGAGCGGCGACGGCCGGAUCAGCAAGGCCGAGCUCCGCCAGGCCAUCCGCCGCCGGGGCUGCUGGUUCGCCACCGUUAGGGCCGGCCGCGCCGUCCGCCGCGCCGACAGGGACCACAACGGCUACGUCGACGACGCGGAGCUCGAGAACCUCGUCGCUUUCGCGCGGGAACACCUCGGCAUGAACAUCUCUCCCCGUUAGCUAGCUCGCUAGAGCGUUACCAGUUCAGCCUAAUGCCCAGUAUGGUAACAUAGUAUCUAAGCCUAGCAUCGUGUGAUGGGUUCAACUUGACAUGCCAACUUCUCCUGAAUAAUAUGUGUAAAUCCAGGAGAAUUUUUUAAGGUUUGUUACGACGACGUCGUCUGCUACUAUGUAUGCAGUUGCUUAAUUGUGAGUGUUUGUGCUGUAAAUUUUGAAAGUUGCAUGAAGUGCUCAAUAUAUACAGA